ACUUAUAUUAUUCCUACUAUGUUGAAUUUUUUAAUCACGUCUACUCCUUUUAUUUUUUAUCUGUAUAUAGAAUAGAUCUCUGGCUUUAGAAUAAAACCCCUGUUGGAUAUUGUUGCUUCCAUGGAAGCCUCACCUUUCAGUAAAAAAUUGUCAAAUGAGAAGAAAGUUUCAAAUACGCAUGGAAAUAGUCCAUUUGUCUGUGGGUGGUGGGGUUCUUUGUUGAGUAGUUGUUGCUCUUUCUUCUUCUUCCUAGAUGCUUCAGUGGCCUUACCCUUUGAACCACCGACGACACCCCUUUAUAAUCCUACCCGCACUGGAGUGGAUAAUAGUGUUAGUUUUACUCAAACCCAUAAGCACAAAAGCACAUUCACUGAUAACAAAUUAGUUAUCGUUUCAGCUAGUUCUGCUUUGGGUGUUUUGGUUCUUCUUUUCUUCACUCUAAUGGCGUUGUUCAAGUGCUUAGGGUUCAAGUUAACGCGGCGCGGGGGCGCUCCUGAUGCUAGGGUGUCGGGAGAUUUAGAGGAAAAUGAGGGCGGCUCAAUAAAAUUAAUGGCCAAGAGAUUAUUCACAUGUGAUGAGGUGGAGAAAUUCACCAUGAAUUUGUCGAAAUCCAGGUUGAUUGCUUAUGGAGGAUUUAGCACAGUUUAUUUAGCCCAAUUUCCAGAUUCAAUGCUGGCUGCUGUUAAAAUCAUGGAUUUAAGCAGUGAACGUUUUCAAAGAGUUUACAAGCAAGAAUUAGACAUAUUACUUCAAAUCCAACACGAAAACAUCGUGAAGUUUCUUGGUAACUGUGAUAAUGGAAAUGAAGGUAUGUUAGUGUUUGAAUACAUUCCAAACGGGACUUUACAGGAAAAAUUACAUGGCGUUGAUACAAAGAAAAAAUUACUCUCAUGGAAAAAUCGGAUGGCUAUAGCAUUUCAAAUUGCUAAAGCGAUUGAAUAUCUACAUGAUAAGUGUCCAUUACCAAUAGUCCAUGGUGAUAUAAAAGCUUCAAAUGUUUUACUAGACAAGAAAUUCAACUGCAAGUUAUGUGAUUUCGGGUCAGCAAAAAUGGGAUUUUCGUCUACAAUUUUGCCACCGUCAGCAACUACAAAAUGCGUGAUGCUUGGUUCACCGGGCUAUACUGAUCCUCAUUACUUGAGAACUGGCAUUGCUUCGAAAAAGAAUGACAUUUACAGCUUUGGAGUGAUUAUUUUGGAAUUAAUUUCGGGGAUUGAAGCACUUUCAUCUGAUAAUGAAAGGUUAAUAUCAAAAGCUGGUAUUAUAUUAAGGGAUGCAAAUAAAGUAGCAGAAAUGGUGGAUCCAAAGCUUAAUGGAAAUUAUGAUUUGGAAGAAGCUAAAGCUAUGGUGUCAUUAGCAGGAUUUUGUCUUGGUGAUUCACUAAGCAUUAGGCCUUGUGCUUCAGAAAUCUUAGAUACUAUAACAAGUAAAAUUUCUUCAAUGUCCUUUAUGUUUGAUAAAAAAAUUUAGACUGAUUAUUAGUAUUAUGUUUUAAAGAGUGAAUAACAAAUGUCUCUUGAGUGAUGAUUAGGUGAGUUUCUGUAAAUUAAUUUGUAUAGGGUUAAGGGUUGUGCCAUGUUUGUUGAAAAGAGGAGCUUAUACUUAGUACUCAAUAGGCAAUGAAUUCAGUUUGAGCAAUUCCAUGCUUCAACUUUGAAAUUUGAAUGGUUAGUUUUUCACAAAUUCCCA